AUGAAGCUACCCUUUGGGUCACGCAAUGAGGAGGAAGUCAUACAUGGCGCUCCAGUGGAAGUCGUUACCGAGCAGGUAGAUGAGAAGACAGACACCACCAUCGAAUCCCACGCCGUAGACGAUGCGAAGCGAAUCGAGAAGUCACACCAGUUCGACCCGAAUCUCCCAGACGCUACAGUUGAUGCCAUCCGUCAUGCCGCCAGAAGCAACAGCGUGGAAGCCGCUAUCGAAGUUGACAAGAAGUUCGCUGAAGACUCGCCAUAUGAAUCGGUCAGAGCUGCCGUUCGUCCAACAGAUGGAGGAGAAAUGGCCAAUACCCUCAGGGCCUGGGUCCUCGGCUUCAUAUUUGUAACGAUUUCUGCGGCCGUCAACAUGUUCCUCAGCAUGAGAAGUCCAGCUGUCACCAUCCCAACGGUAGUGAUCAUGCUACUUGUUUACCCCGUGGGAUGUCUUUGGGCGCGGAUCAUACCCUCGAAACAAUUCACAACUUUCGGUGUAACUUGGUCUCUCAAUCCUGGCCCUUUCACUAUCAAGGAACAUGCUGUGGUCACUCUGAUGGCCAAUGUGACAUAUGGAUAUGCCUAUGCGACUGAUGCUCUCCUUGCUCUGGACGCCAAGUCGCUGUACAAUAUUCAUCUGGGCUGGGGAUUCCAGUUACUCUUCACGCUGAGCUCGCAACUGAUCGGAAUCGCAAUCUCUGGAAUGUUCAGGCGCUUCUUAGUCUGGCCAGCAGCAUUGAUCUGGCCUGCCAACUUUUCGAUGACGACGCUCCUCUACGCACUGCACGACAAGCGUAAACCCGACCCUGCGCAGACCAACGGUUGGCGUAUAUCUGGAUACCGUUACUUUGCAUAUAUCUCAAUCGCGUCGUUCAUAUGGUACUGGUUUCCUGGUGUCAUCUUCCAGGGACUAUCUGUGUUUAGCUUCGUCACUUGGGCCAGGCCAAACAACGUGGUUCUCAACCAACUAUUCGGUGGCUUCACUGGACUUUCGCUCAUACCGAUAACGUUCGACUGGACCUAUGUCAUGUCUUACCUGAACGAUCCACUGCUGUCUCCCACCUUCUCGCAUCUGAAUACGCUGGUCGGGCUCUUCGUCUUCAUGAUUAUCACCACCAUUGGAAUCAGCUAUUCAGGAGCUUUGUUCACCGACUACCUGCCAAUCAACACGUCCACAACGUUUGACAAUACUCAGAACCAGUACAAUGUAACGAAAAUCAUGGGGCCUAACUACAGCUUUUCUGAGACCAAGUACAAGGACUACUCGCCUCUGUUCCUCGCGCCAACCUUUGCACUCAACUAUGGCCUGUCAUUCGCAUCUCUCACAGCAUCUAUCGUCCAUACGGUCGUCUUCCACGGCAAGGAAGUAUGGUACAGGUUUAGGACUGCGCGGAAACAAGAGCCAGACGUGCACAUGCGCUUGAUGUCGAAGUAUAAAGAUGCUCCUGACUGGUGGUAUUUGGCCCUCUUCAUCGGCACCGUCGCUGUCGGCCUUGGAACAGUACUAGGCUACUCGUCUCAGCUGCCUUGGUGGGCAUAUUUCGUCUCUAUCUUUUUGGCUCUUGUGUUUGUCAUUCCUUGCUGCAUGAUCCUCGGCAUCACCAACAUCAUGCUGUCCUUGAACGUCAUCUCUCCCUUCCUGGCUGGAUUCAUGAUACCGGGAAAGCCUAUCGGCGUGAUGAUCUUCAAGGUCUACAGCACAAUCGUCCUUGGCCAAGCCCAGACAUUCACCCAGGAUCUCAAGUUCGCACAUUACAUGAAAGUGCCCCCUCGCAUAACAAUCGCAUGCCAGGUGGCGGCAGUUAUCUGGGCCUGCUUCGUCCAGAUCGCAGUGAUGAACUGGACUUUGACGACUAUCCCCAACGUGUGCACAUCUGACCAAGUCAAUCACUUCACUUGCCCGAAUGGACGGACCUUUUAUUCAUCGAGUAUUGUUUGGGGGCUGAUCGGUCCGCGCCGCAUGUUCGGCCGUUCUAGUCUCUACGUUUCAUUCAACUGGUUCUGGCUUUUAGGAGCUCUACUCCCGAUCGCCUUCUACGUCCUCCUAAGGGUCUUCCCAACGAAGAGACUACGCUGGCUCCACGCUCCAGUCAUGCUUGGAGCGAUGUCUUGGCUGCCACCUGCCACGCCUCUAUCCUUCUCUUCGUGGGCAAUCAUUGGAUUAAUCUUCAACUGGGGUAUUCGACGACGGUUCUUCGGGUGGUGGUCUCACUACAACUACUUGACAGCAGCAGCACUCGAUUGUGGACUCCUGAUCUCCACAAUCAUCAUCUUCCUUGCCAUCACGCUGCCGAACGCUACAGUUCCGCAAUGGUGGGGAAAUGUGAACGUCUUCGAAACGACGGAUUAUCUCGGCACAGCCAUUCGCAAGACUGUCGCACCUGGAGAGACGUUUGGGCCGAAGACUUGGUAG